AUGGACGCUCGUCGUUCUGCCAGUCAGGAGCGAAAUCUGCUCCGUCCCAGGCCGACGAGAGCCUUGCCCGAGGCACUGCGGGCAGCCGGGCAGGCUCCCAACGGCUUUGCUGAAGCCUCUUCCAGUGUCUCAAGUGGGCGUUCGACACCUGUUCCUCAAGAUGCGCCGCCCUCAGUCCGUCACAUUUCCACGGCACGCAAACAUGCUCGAGCCAAAGCGAAGCACCGCAUGUUCCACACGAUCAAUUACAUGGACCGAGUCUCUUAUUUUGACCCAAGAAGCGAUUACCGGGACUUCCGAGGGUUCUUCGUCCUGUUCUGGAUCAGUCUGUCCAUCAUGGUCAUUACCACAGGUCUCCGCAACAUCAAAGAGACAGGCCAUCCGUUGCGGGUGGAGGUGUAUUCACUGCUGUCUAGGAACGUCGUCUCACUCGCAUUGGCCGAUGCUGCCAUGGUCGCCAGUACAGCAAUAAGCUUACCCAUUCAAAAAAUGGUUCGGGGCCAAAAAGGGUGGCUGCGUUGGCGAAAAGCUGGGAUCUGGCUGCAGAGCAUAUACCAAGCCAUCUGGCUGUUUAUCUGGGUCGAGUUGCCGUUUUUUCUGCGUUGGACAUGGACGGCGCAGGUCUUCUUCGCUUUACACACUUUGACCUUUUUGAUGAAGAUGCACUCCUACGCAUUCUACAACGGCCAUCUGAGCGAGGCCGAACGGCGAUUGCAAGAAUUGGACAAACCCGAAACGGCGGACAUGGCCAAAGCUAUCAAAUACCCCAGUUCCCCGUCCCGGUUGCAUGAGCUGGAUCCCGACAGCUCGACGGACGAUGAGUCGCUGGAAGAACUUGUACAGCUUCGACAAGACCUGGCGACCGAAUUGACUUCUCCUCUUGGGCAAGUCACGUAUCCACAAAACCUAACGCUGCGCAACUAUAUCGAUUAUAUCUUGUGUCCAACUUUGUGCUAUGAGCUCGAAUACCCACGGACGCCCAAGAUACGAUGGCUUGAGUUGUUUCAAAAGACGCUGGCUGUGUUUGGCUGCAUAUUCCUCAUGAUCACCAUUAGCGAAGAGUUUAUCACACCUGUGUUAUCCGAGUCGGCCAUCCGCCUACGCCACGUCAACUCAUAUUCCGAUAUGGCGCUUAUUCUGGCCGAAACCACGAGCAUGUUGCUGUUCCCAUUCAUGAUCACCUUCCUUUUGGUAUUCCUUGUCAUUUGGGAAUACAUCCUGGGCGCUUUUGCCGAAAUCACCUGCUUUGCCGACCGUCAUUUUUACUCUGACUGGUGGAAUAGCAGCGACUGGCUAGAGUUCUCGAGGGAAUGGAAUAUCCCUGUGUACCACUUCCUGCGGAGGCAUGUCUUUUUCGCCUCCAAGACCUACUUUUCCACGACUAUCGCAAUGGUCAUUACCUUCCUGAUCAGUGCGCUCGGACAUGAGCUGAUCAUGGGGUGCAUCACCAAGAAACUGCGCGGCUAUGGCUUCAUCGCCAUGAUGCUCCAAUUGCCGAUUGUCGCACUGCAACGGAGUAAGUACAUUCGCGGCCGUUGGGUUUUCAAUAAUGCUGCUUUCUGGAUCAGCAUGAUCCUAGGUUUGAGCGCGAUGUGCAGUUUGUACGUUCUGGUGUGA